UUGUGGAUGGCACGUAAACGAUUUGUUCGUUUUGCAUUAAAUUUGUAAUAAUAUAUUUAAUAUUUUGUUAUUCAAAGUGAUGAACUCCACGGCGGCCCGUUGGAGUCAAAAUUGAGGAGUAGUGAGCUCAGAGAUAGUACAGUUUAUCUCGAUUCGAAGUAACAUGGAAAUUGAUUUAAGAUUGUGUUUUUCCGGCUGCAAUAAAUAGUUUAGGAUGUUUAUUGUUUAUGCAAGCACUCGGCGUAUCGGUGGGUCAUACGUGGACGUGCCAUGGACGUGAUAGCUGAGAUUUACACGCGUCGGAAAUAUUCUUUGUGAAGAAAAUUUUAUUAGAACAACAUUUUCAAAAAUGCGCCUGAACUUAAAGAAAGUUUUUGCUGCGCUAGCGUUUGUGGUGUUUUUUUGGCUGAUUAUAACGUAUUCUCCAGUGAUGGAAGUGCCAAGGCCCAUGUUUAGGAAGGGUAGUAAUAUAGGAGAUAUAGAAAAGAGAAUACUAAAAUUAGAAAAAGAGAUUGGAACACAGUCCAGCGAAAUCACGAGGUUAUUGGACACAGUCAAGGAAAUACAGAAAAGAAAAUCCACCACCAAAGAUGAGAUGUAUGAAAUACAGGUGCUUGAAAGACUAAAAAAUGAACAGGGUCGACUAUUACCUCCUCCGUCGAACCCUGUCCUCCCUGUAUUGGUGAUAGCGUGCGACAGGGUGACAGUCAAGAGGUGUUUGGACAACCUCAUCAAGUUUAGACCCAGUAAAGAGACAUUCCCCAUUGUAGUUAGCCAGGAUUGCAACCACAACGCGACAUAUCAAGUAAUAAAACAAUUCACUGACGCGGACCCCUCGAUAACGGUGGUCAGGCAGCCGGACCAAUCGGAGGUGGUGCUGCCGCGACAGAAGAUCAAGUUCCGUGGGUACUACAAGAUAGCCCGCCACUACAGGUUCGCGCUCAACCACGUGUUCACCACGCUCAAACACGAGAGCGUCAUCAUCGUUGAAGAUGAUCUGGACAUUUCCCCGGAUUUCUUCGAGUAUUUCUUGGGAACAUAUCCGCUGCUUCUCAACGACCCUAGUAUAUGGUGCAUUUCAGCGUGGAACGACAACGGGAAAAGGGACGUGAUCGACCUGGCCCACCCGGAGCUGCUGCACCGCACGGACUUCUUCCCAGGGCUCGGCUGGCUGCUGAGGCGGGAGAGCUGGCUUGAACUCGAGCCCAACUGGCCGCCCGCAUUUUUCGACGACUGGUUACGUAACCCGGAGAACACGCGCGGCCGAGCCUGCAUCAGACCUGAAGUUUCUAGAACAUACUCGUUUGGCAAGGUGGGUGUUAGCAAAGGACUGUUUUUCGACUUGCAUCUGAGACAUAUGCAGCUUAAUACGCAGUUCGUAGAGUUCACUAAACUGAAUCUCACAUAUUUGUUGAAGGAGAACUACGACGAGGCGUUGACGCAGGCGGUGGCGGCUGCGCAGAAGAUGUCGGCGGACGAGGUGAUGACGUCACGCGCGCCCGCGGCCGGCGCCGUGCGCGUGCCCUACAUGGACGCGCGCAGCUUCCAGAAGGCCGCGAAGAAGCUCGGGCUCAUGGACGACUUUAGGAGCGGCAUUCCUCGUACGGCAUAUUUCGGCAUAGUGACAUGCUUCGUGCGGGGUAGACGAGUGUACCUGGCACCCAACUUCAACUGGUCUCAAUACGACCCCUCGUGGCAAUAGCAGAAGGUAAUACCCGCGCUGGCGGGGUGGGUACACUGAGGUAGUUUUAUUGGGUACAGGUUAGGAGAAAACAUACAUAUAUACACAUACAUAGCAUCACGAGGUGUAUAGUAUACGCUUUGUAUACUAUACACUUUGCAUAGUAUACACUUUGUAUGGUAUACACUUCGUAUAGUAUACACUUUGUAUAGUAUACACUUUGUAUAGUAUACACUUUGUAUAGUAUACUGUUGAGAGUGUAUACAUAUGAAAUGAUCGAGAAAGCAAAAAAAAAAUACAUGCUGAUUUUUAUAUUGAACAAAACUGACAUUUUAAAAAACAAUAGAACAUACUGAAGAAAAUGACAAGUGUAUAUAUAUAAAAAACGUUAGGUCGCCCAAGGAGGCCGUUGUUGACAUGUACAGUCAUGAGCAAUAUAAUGUACCCACUUUAGGACUCUGUCGCACUAACAUAUUUGACAUUUAGUGGGACUUACAGUUCAAUUUGUCAAAAAAGUUAAUGUGACAUGAUACCAAAGUGUAUACAUAUUAAUGCUGGUGACCGUGCUAUACAGUUAUACACACCCACUUCUCGCCAGCUAUGUCUAAGUCCUAUGUAAUAGUGGCGAGCCUAUAGCCGUUCUUAUCGUGUGGGUUGUGAGGUGGAAUACCAACCUCAUCAACCCUGGUCCCGUUAACCGGGCACAAAUCCUGAAAACCACGUGAUAUCAAUUAUCUGAGUAAUGUAAAAAAUGUUCUCAAUAGGCUUCCAACUAGUCAAAUCAGUUACUUUUUACUAAACGUCAAAACAGGAAAUUACUAUGGAAUUUGUAUGAAAAAGCACACUGUGACGUCAUAGAAAAACGUGACAAAAUGUCGAACUUAUUAUUGCGUUUUUAUUGAUUAAAGUUCUCUAAGUUGAAUAGAAAAAAGAAAAUGUUUUUCGUCAGUUUUAGAUUUGUCUUUAUUUAUUUAGUAGUCAGAAUUUCAUAAUUUAUCUUUGACCUAGGAGGGGUAGGGGGAGGGGGUUUUAUCCAGCUUACGACAUCGUAUCAACAGUGGCUGCAAGUUGUCUUUGAUUACUUGUGGCUCUGCCCACCCCAUUAGGGAUAACGGGCGUGAGUUUAUGUAUGUAUGUAUGUAUCUUUGACCUACAAAACUACCUAAUCGUACCUUCUUUUUCUUCUAGCCUGUACCCAAUAAUAUUUUGACGUCACAAGAGCUGAUGUUUUUACACCACUACAAAAUGUUUUUUAUGAGGAUAAAAACUUAGAAGCUCAAAUAUAGGCGGCAGCACUGUUGAGUGUUCCUAAAUUUUGUCAGUUCUCCAUACUGUACGAUCACGAGCAUUAAUAUGUAUACACUUUGGUACCAUGUCACUAACUUUUUUGACAAAUUGAACUGUAAGUCUCACUAAAUGUCAAAUAUGUUAGUGCGACAGAGUCCUAAAGUGAGUACAUUAUAUUGCUCAUGACUGUACAGCUAAAAUUCGUGAUAAAUUGCUAUAAAAUGUGGAGCAACGUGGAGUGUAUCCCGUCUGAAGGAUGAGUUACGAAAAAGAAAAGCCGUCACUUGCAAAAAGGCAGUUUUGAUUGAAGAUAAGUUUUCCCAAGGUUUCAUCUUUCCGAUCUUUAGGGACGAAUAAUAAAUAUAUCACUAUUAUUAUUAUUAUUACAUUUAUUUCAGAGUAUACUCCAUAUCUUCACUGAAAAGGCAAAAUUACGUAAGCGCCAAAAUGCCAUUUCAAGAAAAAGUCAUUUAAAGCUUUUUGUCGUUUUUUUUAUCACAACUUUUUACCAAUUUGUUCAAUUUGGGUGACGUCAAUGUAUGAUUACAUUGUUUUUAAUUUUCUAUAUCUAGUGGUACAUAUUAUAACAUGGAGUGCUAUUUUAGGUUAAUUUGGCGCUUAUGUAAUUUUGCCUUUCUAGUUACGAUAUUAUUGUUAGUAAGAAAAAGGCGCUUAUAAACUAUGUUAGUAAAGUAACACUAGGUACUGGCCCCGAAUCCUGCAGACACCGCCUAAUUUUAUUUUAAGUUAUAUCCGUCAUUUUCAUAUCCAUCGAAAAGGAAAGGGACGGAUGAUUCACAGCUCUUAAUUUUAGGAAGAAUGAGUAAAUGAAUGAAUAACCCGGGCGAAUCAAAAGGUACGUCGCUGGUAUGCAAUCCGUUUGACGUGCUGUCUACUUAACUGUGUCGGGUUAUUGACGGAUGUAAAUUUUUUAGACGGUUGGUUUAGAUUUGUGUUUAAAAUUGACGUGUGUUCCAUAAAUUUUAUGCUUGUCGAUUACCCGUCCCUUUCCUUUUCGGCGGAUAAGAAAAUGACAGAUAUAACUUAAAAUAAAAUUAGAUGGUAUUUACAGGAAUUAGCACCAAUAUCUAUUUUUCAUAGGCACCUGAAUUAGGCAUAAUAAGUACCUACUACUACUAUACCUACCUACCUAGUAGUAGGUACCUACUAUACCUACUACUAGUACUAUGAUUUUGCAGUUAAUCACUGCGCAAAUGGUUAUAGUGUAUUAUAUACAUUGUAUUGCAAACUGUCAAAUUUUAAAAACACUCAACAGUAGCGACACCUGGCGGGAGAUAUACACAACAUACAAUAUAAACAGCCUAUAUACGUCCCACUGCUGGGCACAGGCCUCCCCUCAAUCAACCGGAGGGGGUAUGGAGCAUACUCCACCACGCUGCUCCAAUGCGGGUUGGUGGUGGGGGUUGGUGGUUGGUGGACGGGAGAAAUGGGCAGUUUUUAUCCUUGUUAUUAGUUGACGUCACAAGUAGCUUAGUAAAUCAAAUGUAAAUAUAUAUAAAACCCGCCCGACGGGCUAAACUGGAGUAAGGAAGUAAAAUAUAUUUUUUUCCACUAUUUUGCCAACUAGGGACUUUCCAGGCUCCGUCCCUCAACAACGUAGAUGGCGCUGUACAGAUUUUCCUUCGUUUAACCUUCGAUAUCCUUGGGUAACAAACAUUAUGCGUCUUUUAUUUUUGUGUUUGGGUAUAAAUAGCGAACCUAUUACACCCGGGUACAACACAUCUUCCACACAUUAUUAUUCUGAUCAAAGUAGAAGAAGCAAUAUAGGCAGCAACAUAAUUCUAUUCCAUAUCUGAUCAAAUAAUCAGAAACAUUUAUUCAACGUAAUUAUCAUGGAUAAACUUGUUAAAGGUCAAUGUAACAUUUUCGAAUUUACGUCAUUUCGCAAGGUGUUAUGGCUGAGGAGAAACGACAAGAAACUGCAACAGCAACACAUCUUUUAAAUCAAAGGGUACAUUACAAGUUAUUUAAUAACUAGAAGAACACAUUCAAUACCAGACAUUUUUAUCAUUUAGGUAGUCAUUAAUCUUACAAUAAGCUUUUAUUACAUAAAGUAAGCUUCACGUGAGCUUUAAAUUUAUUCUCUGACAAAUUUAAAAUAUUAUCUGGUAUUUUAUUGUAAAAACAUAUACAUUAUACGUAACUAGCAACAAUAUUUUUUUAUAUGCCUCUGCCAUAACGUUAUAUUUUUGAAUAAUUAUAUACCCGAGUAAUAAGAAAAUAGGUUACCACGUUAAAUCUGUACAGCGCCAUCUAUAGUUUUUUUGGGAAACUUAGCCUGGAAAGUCCCUUAUUACUCUGGCAACCUUUGUCGUCAUCAUAAUUAAUUUAUGUGGUUUUUGUUAACAAAACCCCGCAAUAGACAAGCUAGUUACAAUCCGGGUAAAUUCAUCAUCUCAUUUGAAAAUAUCGAGGUUUUGUUUAAGAAAAACCACAUCAGAAUGUGAUUAAUAUAAUACAAAAUAGGUUAAUUUCAUUCCACUGAUAUCCUAAAAACAAAUGGACUGACAAUCGCUUAGGAUUUUUUUUUUCUAAAAAAGCGUCCGUACUGUGUUGUAAAUACGCAUAAAUUACGUUAUGUAUAAAGUAUAAGUUCGUUCCCUCAAAUUAAGAUGUUAUGGCGGUUGUAAGUGUCAUCAAUUCGCCCUCGACUAAAUUCGAUCUUGCCACGCCGUCGCUUGAGACAAGAUAGCCGCGGAUGCUUUUUUAGAAAGAUUGGUAAUCUGUUUGUUUAUGUUUCAUUGUCUAUAUUUGGGGCCGUCCAUUAAUCAUGUGAUGUUGUUUUUGGCAUUUUUAACCCCCCCCCCCCCUGGUGAUACAUGGUGAGGUUCAAGACUACCCCCUAUCCUAUAUCACGUGUAUUUUUUAGUACCUACCAAAAUAAUUGCACGAAACGCCGCUUCUCGGUUCAGUAUCGCGCGUUUGCUGAAAAAAUAAAUACUCGUGAUAUAUUACUACACGCCCCCUCCCCCCUUAUCUUCUCUUCUAUCGUGUGGGUUGUGAGGUGGAGUACCAACCCCAUCAACCCUGGUGUCAGGGUUACUAUUGAGCCGCCGCCGCCAGAGGCCCCUGACAUGGCUCAUGUAACGACUACUUACUUACAUCAGUAAGUAGUAACCGGGACCAACGGCUUAACGUGCCUUCCGAAGCACGGAUCAUCUUACUUUUUGGACAAUCAGGUGAUCAGCCUGUAAUGUCCUAACCAAACUAGGGAUCACAAAGUGAUUUUUGUGAUAUGUCCCCACCGGGAUUCGAACCCGGGACCUCCGGAUCGUGAGCCCAACGCUCAACCACUAGACCGCGGAGGCCCCCCUUAUGAUGAUAUUUCGUGAUUUUUUCAUGGACCCCUCCCCCCUGUCGAGCCUCGCAUGAUUAAUGGACGGCUCCUUUUUGCUCCGUGGCUACAAACAGGGGCGAGACUUGCCCAUUGAAGCACGGAGCCCGCACAGUUGGUCCCAGACUAAUUUUACCCAUUGUCUCAAAUCAAGCCAUUAUGGUCUCCCACAAGUAAAUCAUCACAAAAUUCAUGUUUUAUAACCGUUGUGCUUUGUGGUAGUGGUUCCUAAUAGGCUAUUUUACAACUUAGUCUAAGGAGAUUAUUUUUACGAAUCGUUAAAAUGGAAGUUUUUGUUUAUUCCGUGUGCGUCUUUAAGCAACUUCUCGUACCCAUUAGGGAUACCUAUGGUAUAAGAAAACUAGGUAAACUCAAUCCUAUGACAAGCCGCCAUUGCUAGCCCUUUGAUGACGUAAGUGUUGCCACUGUGUUACCAAUUAAUUGGUAUCUCCAACAUUUCAAGCAAGUAAAUCUUAUUGAAAAUUAAGUGACAUAUAAAAUUGACACAUAUAUAAAAAUCAUUAAAACUGUAAGUAAAUAUUUUACUAAAAGUUCAAAAUUUCCUUGCAAAGUAAAUUCAAAACAUUGGUCGUAGGUAAUGUCGUGAAUUGUCUAUGUCUAAUGUUGUCAGGCAUCACAUAAAUAAUAAAGCCAAUAUUUUGGUAAAGUAUUUAUUAUAGGUAAUUAUUUUUUUUACAAAAUGGCAACCCAGGGUCGGAUGACGCCAGUUGGGCUAACCUUGAAAUGUUAGCUGUCACUUAUAGGUUGCGGGCUUAGUACCGUAAGCGACUCUUUCUCGCCUCGACAUACGUCACCCGUCACUCUCUCUCACAAUACUGCACAGAAAGAGACAGACGAUCUCUGUCGCGACGAGAAAGAGUCGCGUGCUUACGGUGCUAAGCUCGCUGGUUUUCUUAUACCAUGCGCGUACCUAAUGAUGUGUCGUUCCCGGGAAAAUUCCCAUUUUGGGAACGUUCCCGGCGGAAAAAAGGCGCAAAAUUUAUGUAAAAGAGUCUUAUUGUCUAAUCUUUAAAAAAAGAAAAGCAGCCAGUGUCCUUACUAUUAAAGAGUUGUUACAGGAACUUUCCCACUUUGGGAACAUUUUCGGGAACGGUCACCACGGCCAUCACGGCUCGUACGGUCACGAGCACUAAUAUGACUGUAUACACUUUGGUACCAUGUCACAUUAACUUUUUUGACAAAUUUAACUGUAAGUCUAACUAAAUGUCAAAUAUGUUAGUGCGACAGAGUCCUAAAGUGGGUACAUUAUAUUGCUCAUGACAGUACGACUAAUUGGGGAGCACUGCCUCAACAGCCUUUAUAAUAUAACAUUAUGUUAAGAAAAGUGGAAUAUUAAUUCUACAAAGACUGUGAUUACAUUGUACAUAUUCUCGUAUAGGUGCCGGCUCUAGUAGACUUACGCUAUAUCUAUCUCUUUCUGACACGUAUCGUAAGUAAAGGAUGGCAACAUUUUUAGUGCUGAAAAUAUAAAAGUUUAGUCUACUCGAAUUGGCACCAUUAAGAUAUUACCAACAGUUAUAAUUUUCAAUUUUUAAGUUAAUUGGCAACAUUCAUGAAAAUCUCCCAUUAAGUUUUGAUUAGUUUUAUACAAAAAAAAAAUACAUGGUACUAGAUCUUUUGAUACAUUUAUUUUGAUAUAUAUUAAUCUGGCUGUGGUCUCAGGAUUAAAUAUCAACGUCACAUUGAUCAAUGUUGCCAAUUAACCUUUUAAGAAUAAAAUGUAGUAAAAGAUAAAAUGUAAAAAGUGUCUUUUUUUCUGUAUACAAAAUAGGUUUUGUAUCGGUUAAGAUUUUUACACUGGAAAACUAAAUUAAUUUUUAAAAUGUGGUUUCUUAAGAAUAAAAUGUCCAUAUAGCAAAAUAUUAUUGGAAUAAGCGGGUUUCCUGUGUAAAUCUUGGGUGCAUAUUGGUAACAAGACUUUCUAACACUACAGAAUGUUAUUGGUAGGAAAAAUGUUUUUUGUACUGGUAACACUCUGUAUCUCUAAAAUGUUACGUAAAUGUGAUUUAAUAUAUUGCGAUUGAGUUUUGA